CAGAUCCCUCACGGCUCCCCGACCCUAGCAGUGCUGCCCGCCAUGGGGAGCUGCAUGGUCCUUGCUGUCCUCCUUGCUCUCUCCACUGCUGCCACGCACCGAAAGCUGCUGGUGUUCCUCAUUGAUGGCUUUCGCUUCGACUACCUUGAUGACAAGGAGUUGGAGUCCCUGCCGGGCUUUAAGGACAUUGUGAGCAUGGGGGUGAAGGUGGAUUACAUGACUCCAGAUUUCCCAAGCCUUUCCUAUCCAAACUACUACACACUGAUGACAGGUCGCCACUGUGAAGUCCAUCAGAUGACUGGAAAUUACAUGUGGGACCCAACUACAAAUGUAUCUUUCGAUAUUGGUGUGAAUAAAGAAAGCCUGUUACCUCUCUGGUGGAAUGGAUCAGAGCCUUUGUGGGUCACAAUGAUGAAAGAAAAAAAGAAUGUCUUUAUGUACUACUGGCCAGGUUGUGAGGUUGAAAUCCUUGGAGUCAGACCCAGCUACUGUCGCGAGUACUUCAGUGUCCCAACGGACAAAAACUUUGCGGACGCAAUCAGCGAUGCUCUCGAGUCCUUGUGCAACGGCAGCGCAGAGAUGGCAGCGGUGUACUACGAACGCAUUGACGUGGAAGGGCACCACUACGGCCCCGCGUCCGUGCAGCGCAAGAACGCCUUGAAAGAGGUGGACAAAGCCUUAAGCAACAUGAUCAAGCAAAUCAAGAGCAAGGGCCUCCAGCACGACGUCAAUGUCCUCCUCUUCUCCGACCACGGGAUGACUGACAUCUCUUGGGCAGACAAAGUGAUCGAGCUGAAGAAUUACAUCAAUAUGAGUGAUACCAUACAAAUGAAGGACCGAGGUCCUGUCGUGAGUCUUUGGCCAGUUCAAGAGAAGCACACAGAGAUAUAUGAAAAACUGAAAGCUGUGGAACAUAUGCGUGUUUAUAACAUCAAGGAUAUUCCAGACAGGUUUUUCUACAAAAAAGGAAAAUUCGUGGCUCCUUUAACACUUGUGGCUGAGGAAGGGUGGUUCAUAGUAGAGAGCAGGGAGAAGCUGCCCUUCUGGGAGAACGGCACCGGGCGCAAGGAGGCCUGGCAGAACGGCUGGCAUGGCUACGACAACGAGCUCCUGGAAAUGCGCGGCUUCUUCCUCGCCUACGGGCCAGAUUUCAAAUCCAACUUCCGGGCACCGCCAAUCAGAUCCGUGGAUGUUUACAACAUCAUGUGCAACCUCGCAGGAGUGAAGCCGCUGCCAAACAAUGGCUCCUGGUCCAGGGUGGAGUGUAUGCUACAAAACACGGCUCCUUUGGCACAGUUGUCCCAGUGGAGCAGCUGUGUGCUGGCAUUAAUGCUACUCUCACUGUUUGCCUAGCAGAUCUUGUCCCUGGGAGCCCAAAACAAUGUUGGUCAGUGUCACCAGCAACUUGAUCCCUUUUUUUUUUUUUUUAAUUCUUCGUUUGAAUAACACUUUCAUUAAUAGAGUACCGUCCCCCACUCAUCCGUCAUGCUCCACCAGGAGCGAAUGUGACCCACCCUGCUGCCGCAGUGGUUAUAACAAGAAGCCAAGUUUUGCGCUGCUCUCAGUCCAGCCAGGAAAGCUGAUGUUGCUACUCUAGAUUUGCAGCCCUGGCAAUGAGAGCAGGAUCCAGACCAGCUAUCAGCGUAAUUUGCUAUUACGGUGGUAGGCAUACGCGGAGACUUCUGGGUGUUAAGCACAUCUUACCCCACCAUGUGUAACUGAGAGGGUAACCUUGGCUCCUUAUAAUGAGAAAUUGAGGUCUGGCGCUCGGCCUCUGUGAAUUUAGCUGUGCUGUGGUUUAUUCCCUUAUCUCCCGCAGAGCACCACCACCUCCUCUCUGUGCGAACUAAGCACGAUAUGCACUGACCCUUUCUGCAAAGCACCAAGCUCUUUGCGGAUUGCUCCGCAGUGCCACGAGAGGUAGGAGAGCACCGAGAGCAUCGUACUUUUCUCAGCCUUUCCAUCUUUGUUUUCGCCAAAGCGAGCCCCAGCUGGCAGACCCGGCCCCUGUCCUCUGCCAGGACCUCGGGCUUUCAUGGCCGAUCGCAGGCGAGGGGGGAGAGCAAUGGAAAUAUAGGGGGAGAAUGAAAUGGCAUUUGGACACACAGAGUUCAGGAGAAAGUACCGUAAGGAAGCCUGGCGUUUCAGAGCCUCUUUGCUCUUCCUGGUGAAACAGUAUCAUCUGCUCAGGUUUUUGCUCUGUCCCCAAUUGCUCUUCAAGAUUUUCAACACCUACUGCUUUUCUGCCAGCUCCGGUUUUCUGCGUCUCUGCCAUUUAAGCAAUGCAGUAAGCAGCACGUUCCCCUGCUGUUUUUCUUUAGCAGCUGUAUUUGCAAGA